CGAUAACUUACUACUCCUCUCCUGAUCGACAUCUGAAACUCCGACCAACUCCACCACAUUCGCAGUCGCUACCCUUCCUUUCUACAACAACAAACCUCCAACCCAAACUUUGCAGCGUCGAAACCACCACAAUGCCCUUCGGACUCAAGAAAUCCGACAAAGACGGCGACCUCGACUCGCAGAAGAAGUCGCUGUUCGGCAGUCGCUCCAAAGCGCCAAAAUCAGGCUCGCCAGCUCCUGCUUCGAACAAUCCCUAUGCCGUGCCGGCACAGUCGAGCGGCAAUCCUUAUGCCACCCAAGGCGGCAGCAAUCCAUAUGCGAACCAGGCCCAGAAUGACCCGUACAUGAAGAGCAGCGCCAGCCUGCACUCGUCACAACCUCCCACAAGUAGCAUGGGCAACCUGAGCAUAAGCAGCCAGAGUACUGCUCCCCCGGCGUAUGGCAACGGACCAACCCCGAGCCGCUACGAGAAGAGCCCGGUUCCACAAGGUGGUUAUGGAGGUGCUCCACAAGCCAGAUAUAGACAGGAGCAGGCACAGUAUGGUGGCUAUGGAUCAGAUCCAUAUGGCACAUCCUCGGGGCCUUCACAGUCGAGGGCAGGUGGAUAUGGUGGACUUGGAAGAACGAACAGCAAUGAGACAAUGGGCACAGAUGCUGGCAGGAAUGCUUUGUUUGGCGAUGCAGCGCAGAGAGCGGCGAACAAGCCUUCUGACCUGUACGCCGCACAAGAGUCUGGUGGAGACAAUAGCUACAGUAAUGCUGGCGGGUACGGCUCUAGUGAAACUUCUGGCGGUUAUGGCGCAGGUCCCGCCCGUGAGUUGACAGCAGAGGAGCAGGAAGAAGAGGAUGUCCAGGCAGCAAAGCAGGAGAUCAGAUUCAUCAAACAGCAAGACGUCGCUUCUACCCGCAAUGCACGAAGGAUUGCAGAGCAGGCAGAAGCCACAGGUCGAGAGACGCUUGCAAGACUAGGAGCACAAGGAGAACGAAUUCACAACACCGAACGCAACCUCGACAUGGCGUCUAAUCAGAACCGGCUUGCUGAGGAAAAAGCCCGCGAGUUGAAGACGUUGAAUAGGUCCAUGUUUGCUGUGCACGUUGCGAACCCCUUCACCGCUAGGAAGCGCGAGGAGGCGGCGAACGCAAUUGCUUUGGAGAAACACCAAGCAGAGCGACGGCAAGCUGAUGCUACACGGUCUGAAGCUUACAGCUCGGCCGCUCGUCAACAGCAGCAGCAACGUGACCUUAAUGGCAAUGUUGUGCGUGCAAAUGCCAACCGCAAUCUCGCCGACAGAGCCAAGUACCAGUUCGAGGCAGACUCCGAAGACGAUGAGAUGGAGAAUGAAAUAGACGACAAUUUAGAAGCCAUCCACCGUGGAGCGCGUACGUUGAACCAGCUUGGAAAGGCCAUGGGCGACGAGAUCGACAGCCAGAACAAGCAUAUCGACCGCAUCAUUGGCAAGACUGACAAGGUCGAUGACCAGAUUGCUGUCAACCGUGCCCGUCUCGACCGGAUCAGGUAG